AUGGCGUCUAACCUAGCCAAAAAGCGGGCAUUGGCUGCAGGAUUUGGCACCAAUGCCAAUGCCGUAAAAUAUCUCAAUCAGGAUUUUGAAGCGCUUAGGGCGCAAUGUUUAAGUCGAGGAGGGCUAUUCUCGGAUCCAACUUUCCCAGCCGCACCCGAGUCUUUGGGCUUUAAUGAACUUGGACCAAGCUUGUACAAAACUAAAGCAGUGCAAUGGAAAAGACCAGGAGUAAGUCUAUUUUUCCACCCAUUAAUGUUAUAUGCUUUAGUUUAUUUAGAAAUGUUUAUUUGAAACAUUAUAAUAUAUAGGGAUUUCCUAUUUCCCAUCAUAUUUACUCCGUUCGUAUUGUUGCCCCGUGCGUUUUAAACUACCCCGUGCAUCAUUUUGCCUAUAGCCUAUUCUGCGAGUAUUUUCUAAAAUAUUCAGUAGAGGGGCUUUUGACGCAAACGAACUCAACUGCGUCAAUAGCCUUUUCAUGCUGCAGAGAUUUGUCCACAAGAGGCCAUGAUAAAACCAAGCUAAACAUUGAUUUAUGCACUUCAAUGAUUGUAAAGAAUUUGGCAUUUGCGACGGCAUAACAAUAUUUCAUAUGCUAUGUAGAUUGUGAAUGUCUUAAUAUACCAUUUGACAAUUUUACUAGAUUUAUCAAUUUUCCCUUUGCUUUUAUAUGAGAUAUCCUAAGCAUAGAAAAUACUGUAGGCUUUGUUUGUUUUUCUGCUAUUGUGGUUAAUGCAUGGUUAAAUGUGACAUAAUAUCCUCAGGAGUUGUGCUCAAGACCAGAGUUCAUUGUUGGAGGAGCCACCAGAACAGAUAUCUGUCAAGGAGCUCUAGGUAAGUUAUUUCACACUCUUGUAGGCUCCACUGCAAAGCAAUUUUUAUAGGAAAACUGCCUUUGGAAAAAGCCCCCAGUGCAUCAAAACGCAAAUUGGACUAGUACAGCCCCUACACUCAUGUCUUAAAACGUCAACUUCAUGCACUGCAUAAGCCCUACACCACAAGGCAGAACAUUCCAUUACACCAUAGCCUAUUUGUCAACAGUAUUUUUAUGUUAUAUACAAUUUUCUGAAAUUGACCAUAUUGAAUUAUCAUUAUAAUUGCUCACACAUUGAUGUCAGAGAUGUACCUACCCCAAUUCUCUGUUGCUGAUGAAUGCAGGAGCAGAUUUCAGGAACAGGACAAGACACCCUCUUUUUGACUGAUGACUGACAUAAGGGCAUGUAUGUAUUUGGCCUAACUGGCUUAUAUGAUUCUGAUGGUCAUAAUGCUUCUUGACAGUGUCAUAAAGUGUAUAUUCUUAGUCCAAGCAAAGUGACACAGGAUGGUCAUACUGCUUCUUGACAGUGUCAUAAAGUUUAAAAUCAUGACUUUAAAGAAUUCAAUACAACAACAACACAGAAUUGAAGAAACAAACUUUCAAUCAAAAGGAAACUUCUUGGCAGGGAAAAAACACAUUUGAAUGUAGGUGUCAUAACCAGCCAUAGAAUAACGCAAUAUACACUACCGGUCAAAAGUUUUAGAAUACCUACUCAUUCAAGGGUUUUUCUUUAUUUUGACUAUUUUCUACAUUGUAGAAUAAUAGUGAAGACAUCAAAGCUGGUUGAGAGAAUGCCAAGAGUGUGCAAAGCGUCAUCAAGGCAAAGGGUGGCUAUUUGAAGAAUCUCAAAUAUAAAAUACAUUUAGAUUUGUUUAACACUUUUUUGGUUACUACAUGAUUCCAUAUGUGUUAUUUCAUAGUUUUGAUGUCUUCACUAUUAUUCUACAAUGUAGAAAAUAGUAAAAAUAAAGAAAAAACCCUUGAAUGAGUAGGUGUUCUAAAACUUUUGACCGGUAGUGUAUGUCACAACAGGUGUAAAUAAAUGGGUCAUGACAGUGUUAUCACCAUAUUAUCACAGGUUAUGACAAGUUAUGUCAGCUGUUAUGACAUAUUAUGUCAUGGUUAUGACCCUAUCAUAAUGUGUUAUGACGCUAGGUGUCAAGUAAAGUGUUACCGAAUUUUGUAUUUAUAGUUUUGCAAAGGGGCAUCUAAGAUAUGCAAUCCAGAUACAAAGACAAGAAAGUGAUCUGAAGUUUGGCAAAUUAAUUUGGGUAUUUGAUCAUUGUUGUUCUGUAAUAGGUACGUUUGGCCACAGUUCCGGAAAAAAAACGCUUGCACGUGAUUGAGAAAAACGGUAUAAUAUAACUAAUAUUUUGUUACCUAGUUUUGUUAAUUUGAUUUCCUCAGUUGACUUAACUUGAACAUUUAACUCAAUGGCCUAUGUCCUCAUAACAAACGUUAUGAUAGGACGCUAGUUUACAGAAAUGUUUGUCUCCAGUUAAUGUUUAGCCUACCAUUGCAGAUGUCACAACUGCAUUGAAAAUAUAAUAGAUAUCAACUAGUUAAACCACUUAGAAUCAGUUAUUUUAUUGUCAAGUGACUGUUGGCUUUUCGCUGUUGUCUGGGUGGACUUACCAGAUCUGUUUAUUGUUCCCUGUCCCCAUUCAAACCUAGAGUAUAUGAGAGGAGAUUAGCUACUGUCACGCCCUGACUCUGGGGACUCUUAUUUGUUGAGUCAGGGUGUGAUUUUCUAUGUUGUAUUUUCUAUGUUUGGAUCUAGUAUGUCUAGAUCUAUGUUGGCCGGUGUGGUUCCCAAUCAGAGGCAGCUGUCGCUCGUUGUCUCUGAUUGGGGACCAUACUUAGGCAGCCUAUUGGCACUAGUGGGUUGUGGGAUCUUGUUCCGUGUAAGGUAUGUUGUUUGUCUACCUUGGACGUCACGUUUCGUUUAGUUUGUCGUUGUGUUUAUUCGGUAUAAUAAACAUAUCACGCUGCGCCUUGGUCUGACCCGUUCAUCAACGAACGUGACAGCUACAGACAUAUCCUUCCAGUGUGUUGCCACAUGUCACAAUGCACUCUUGUUUGCAUUGGGCAAUACCUUGGUGCACUCACUGCUUGUGGUAAACAUGAUAAUACAUAUAUUCCCAAAAAGUACACAACCUUCAUCUAUAUAAAUAACCCAAAUAUACAAACUUAGAUCCUGUUCUUUGUUUAAUUUUUUAUUUAGGUGACUGUUGGCUUUUGGCUGCCAUUGCCUCUUUGACACUCAAUGAAGAUGUCAUGGCUAGAGUGGUCCCCAUUGGACAGAGCUUUGGGGAAAGUUACGCUGGAAUUUUUCACUUUCAGGUAAAAUGAAAGUGAAGAAAGUGAACAAAUGUUGGGCUUUUGUUUGGUAGAAUUUGUAAUCAAUGUGUACUCACCCAAAAUACAAAUAGGUAACAAUGUGUACCUUUUACUGUAAUCAAAAUAUGCUACACGUUUUUAAACAUUUAAAUCCAUAGGUUUGAAAAUACACAUCUAAACUGACUAAUUAAGGUACGAAAUUGUAUUGAUUAAUUUCUCUCCCUCCCAUUACACAGUUUUGGCAGUUUGGGGAGUGGGUGGAUGUUGUCAUUGAUGACAGGCUGCCCACAAAAGAUGGAGAGCUGCUGUUUGUUCACUCAGCUGAGGGCUCAGAGUUCUGGAGUGCACUGCUGGAGAAGGCCUACGCCAAGUGAGUCUAUAUUCCUUGCACUUAAUGAUAAACUGCCAGUGUAGCAGUCAAAAAUCUAUGCGGACAGAACGCAAAUAUUGCAUGGCAAAUGCUAGGAAUACGAUACUUUCUUUAGGCACUGUAGGGAAAAUAUUGUGUGACCUAUUUUAAACAUCUGUGUGAUCUAGUCUUUUUAAUUUCACAGUCUUUCUGUCUUGCCCACAGGGUGAAUGGCUGCUACGAGGCCUUGUCUGGGGGCUCCACCACUGAGGGCUUUGAGGACUUCACUGGGGGCAUUGCAGAGAACUACGACCUGAGGCAACCCCCUUCGAACAUGUUCCAGAUUAUUAAGAAGGCAAUCGAGUCAGGGGCUCUGCUUGGCUGCUCCAUUGACGUAAGGCUCUCUUGUCGGUCCUUUUCACGCUGUUUAUUUUAACAGCACAGUUGUCACCAUAGACAUCGUUAAAAUAUAUGUUUCAAGUUAUCCUGUUGGAUAGUGUGUUUGUUAUACAGGUUUUCUUUGCACAGUGUGUGCCUUUAGAAAUGGAAAAUGGAUGUGUGAAAUACAUUACGAGAGGUAGAGUAGAAAGGGGAAAAUGUGUAACAUAAACAGAUCAAUCAAUCAAUCAAAUUCUGCAGUGCUUUUUUAAACACAUUUGUUACAAAAUGCUUAAUAACAGUAACCUAGACCUAAGCCUAAAAGACAAAAGACCAAACAGGCGUGUCAGUGGCAAGGAAAAAGUAUUUUGGUAGGAAGUAACCAGGUCGUGUUGAAGUUUAAAAUAUAUACAGUAUGAACAUCUAGGUCUUGUAUAACAAUUCAGUUCCGAGUUCAUUCCAAGUUUUUUCUCACACCACUACAAUUCUUUGGUCAAAUCCCAGUUUUCCUGUGUUGGUGCAGAUAACCAGUGCCGCUGAUUCGGAGGCAGUCACACAACAGAAGCUGGUGAAAGGGCAUGCCUACUCCCUAACAGGGGCUGUUGAGGUGAGAAAAAAAACGAAAGCCUUCCAAAAUGAAAGUAGAUUGUGUAGAUGCGUGGAAUUUUUAACAUUUUGGUCACUGUAGAAUAAAAAAAAGAUAAAUAGUUACAUUCUGCUAACUAUAAACAUUCUGGUUAUGGCAGAAGGGUGACUUAAUGUAAAGUGUCAUUCCACCACCCACAUGGGUCCAUGAGGGUAAUUAUGUGUAAGUUGUGCGUGUGUUUAAGGUGACCUAUCGUGGCUGUAAGGAGAAGCUGAUCAGAAUACGUAACCCUUGGGGUCAAGUGGAGUGGACAGGGGCUUGGAGUGACAGGUGUGCCUUUAUCAGAACAAUAGCUCAGAGAAAUGAAUGCUCAUUGUACCUUAUAGUAAAAUGACCUUUCACUGCUUUGCCCUCCUUGCAGCUCCUCCGAGUGGAACUCCGUGGAUGAUUCAGAGCGCCAGAAUGUCAAAGCUGAUGAUGGAGAAUUCUGGUACAACAAUUUUAGUUAUUUAGAGUUGAUAACCAUGUGUCUGAUGCUAACACAUUUGGGUAACACACUGAGCUGCUCCCCACAACAGUGUCAUAAUAAUGUCAUAAACAUUACAUAUCUUAUUUACAUUUUAGUCAUUUAGCAGAUGCUCUUAUCCAGAGCGACUUACAGUUAGUGAGUGCAUACAUUUUUCAUACUUAUGUCACCAAAUGCCAAGUAGCAAACUUUUCAACAAUGUGUGUUAUAAGGCGAUGAAUACUAUAGUUUAGAUAACCGCCUCCUUUUAACGCUUAUUCUUGAAGAAGAGUUUCCAAAUAAAUCACGCUGCCAAAUUAUAUUAAGGUUUAUGCUAAUUUCUGAACUUGCACAAUGGUUUUGCACUACGAAAAUGUCGCCCUUAUGUCACGCGCGCGAUGUGAACCCUGGUCUCUCACAGGAGAAACCAACGUCUUGACCUAGAACAAGAGGAAAUGUCCUCUUGGGCCAGUGACAUUGAUUUUGAAGUCACUUGCAGGUGACUUGCUACCUCAUCACAAGACUAUGAGCCCGACUCAUGUCCGCUAAACUUAGGCUAAAAUUGCUAGAUCUAGCCAAAGCCUUAAGAACUCUUUUAGGCAAAAGAUUCUAGCUGUAGCCAAAGCCUUAGACACCUGUUAUGUCAUAUGCGUUCACGUAACAGUAACUAUUGUGCCUGAAAAGGUUUUAUGUUAUGACCAUUGAAAGGUGCAUUCUGUAAUUUCCAGUCAAAAGUGCUGCCCCUGUUCUUGUUUCUAAACUGAAGGGUGGGUUGUAGCAAAUGUUGGUGUUUUUUUGUUACGCUUACAUUUUUCUGUUUCGUUUUUUUGUUACGCUUCUUGCCCAAAUGUUUUCAUAGUACCUGAAAUGAAAAUGAAAAGAAAGUUACAAAAUGCACCUACCUUUAAAGUGUAUCUGUCCCCUUUAAUCGAUCAACUGUAUCAGCUAAGGAUUCCACCUAUUCUUGCCCAUGUGCAGGAUGUCAUUUACAGAGUUCCUGCGGCAUUACUCGCGCAUAGAGAUUUGCACUCUGACCCCAGAUACGCUAACGGAUGACUCUGUGAAGCACUGGAGCGUGUGUAACUAUGAUGGUAGCUGGAGGAAGGGUUCCACUGCUGGGGGGUGCAGGAACCACGCCCGUGAGUACAAUUGCUAAAGUCUUCAAAAGUGACCAUAUUCGUCUCUAUACUUUCACAUAGAGAACAGAGAACCAUUCAUUUCAAUGGAACCUAUUUGAUAUUCAUCAAUAGUGCAAAAGCCAGUACAAAAGCUGGAAUUAUAUUCAAUUCAUAGCAAUGUUUACAAAGCUGGCAAUGUUUACGCAGUGUCUUUGUUUAGUGGAAUCAGUGGUAGCUGUUACAAAUGCUGUGCACAACAUUUUAUUGAAUAUUAGCACAACAUUCCAAGGAUAUUUGAAAGUAGACUAAUGUUUGUUUAAAACCUAAUUAAAACGUAAUAAUUGGAAUGUUAGCUAAUGUUGGUUGGGAAUGUUCUUGGUUUGCUGGGUGUACUGUUGUAUUCAACCUCAUUCAGCUUAACACUCCUCAAACAAAGUAAACUCACACUAUUUCAUGCUUUAAAAAAUCCAAGACACUUCAGAUUAUUCCAUUACCUCCCUCCCAACUCCAGACACCUUCUGGAUGAACCCCCAAUUUGUGAUCAGGCUGGAUGAGGCGGACGAUGACCCUGACGAUAACGAGGUGGGCUGCAGCUUCGUGGUGGGCCUGAUCCAGAAGAACCGGCGCCGGCUGAGGAAAGUAGGCGAGGACAUGCACACCAUUGGCUUCGCCAUCUAUGAGGUGAGGAAGGUCUUUCUCAACCCCCUGCGGUUGUCUCGAGAAAAGGCGGUAGGUUUUAGCGGGCAAAGCAGUUUCACAAAACAUUCCACUUACCCCAUACUCCUUGUACAAUUUGGACGAAUUGAACUAGAUAGUCAAGGUGUUCAAAUCUCAAAGGAGUCUGACAUGCUCUGUUGGCAUUGGCCGAUUUUGUCAAAUGUAUUUAAAUGUUUUGUUUUUGGCGUUGGCCGAUUUAUAUAUUUGGAUAACUGUUUAUUUCGAUGCUGCAAUUUUCCAACUGACUGAAAAUAGCUGUUAUUUAGUCAGGAUUUCAUUGUCAUUAUGAGAUGAUUCUAAGACUAUAUAUGCAUAUCAGAAUUCUUACAAUGCAUUAUAAUUGCAUCACAUUAACAGAUGUUUGCAGAAGACAAAUGAGUUGAUAUGAGGUGAAAAUGUAGUUUUCUUGUUUUGUUUUAGGUUCCACCACAGGUGAGGGAUUAACCAAAGCGACCAUGCAGUGUGUAAUGACCAAAAGUCAACAAAGGUCUGCUACAUAUGUUUACAUACAGUGAGGGAAAAAAAGUAUUUGAUCCCCUGCUGAUUUUGUACGUUUGCCCACUGACAAAGAAAUGAUCAGUCUAUAAUUGUAAUAGUAGGUUUAUUUGUACAGUGAGAGACAGAAUAACAACAACAAAAUCCAGAAAAACGCAUGUCAAACAUUUUAUAAAUUGAUUUGCAUUUUAAUGAGGGAAAUAAGUAUUUGACCCCCUCUCAAUCAGAAAGAUUUCUGGCUCCCAGGUGUCUUUUAUACAGGUAACGAGCUGAGAUUAGGAGCACACUCUUAAAGGGAGUACUCCUAAUCUCAGCUUGUUACCUGUAUAUAAGACACCUGUCCACAGAAGCAAUCAAUCAAUCAGAUUCCAAACUCUCCACCACGGCCAAGCCAAAGAGCUCUCCAAGGAUGUCAGGGACAAGAUUGUAGACAUACACAAGGCUGGAAUGGGCUACAAGACCAUCGCCAAGCAGCUUGGUGAGAAGGUGACAACAGUUGGUGCGAUUAUUUGCAAAUGGAAGAAACACAAAAUAACUGUCAAUCUCCCUCGGGCCUGGGGCUCCAUGCAAGAUCUCACCUCGUGGAGUUGCAAUGAUCAUGAGAACGGUGAGGAAUCAGUCCAGAACUACACGGGAGGAUCUUGUCAAUGAUCUCAAGGCAGCUGGGACCAUAGUCACCAAGAAAACAAUUGGUAACACACUACGCCGUGGAGGACUGAAAUCCUGCAGCGCCCGCAAGGUCCCCCUGCUCAAGAAAGCACAUAUACAGGGCCGUCUGAAGUUUGCCAAUGAACAUCUGAAUGAUUCAGAGGAGAACUGGGUGAAAGUGUUGUGGUCAGAUGAGACCAAAAUGGAGCUCUUUGGCAUCAACUCAACUCGCCGUGUUUGGAGGAGGAGGAAUGCUGCCUAUGACCCCAAGAACACCAUCCCCACCGUCAAACAUGGAGGUGGAAACAUUAUGCUUUGGGGGUGUUUUUCUGCUAAGGGGACAGGACAACUUCACCGCAUCAAAGGGACGAUGGACGGGGCCAUGUACCGUCAAAUCUUGGGUGAGAACCUCCUUCGUUCAGCCAGGGUAUUGAAAAUGGGUCGUGGAUGGGUAUUCCAGCAUGACAAUGACCGAAAACACACGGCCAAGGCAACAAAAGAGUGGCUCAAGAAGAAGCACAUUAAGGUCCUGGAGUGGCCUAGCCAGUCUCCAGACCUUAAUCCCAUAGAAAAUCUGUGGCGGGAGCUGAAGGUUUGAGUUGCCAAACGUCAGCCUCGAAACCUUAAUGACUUGGAGAAGAUCUGCAAAGAGGAGUGGAACAAAAUCCAUCCUGAGAUGUGUGCAAACCUGGUGGCCAACUACAAGUACUAAGUCAUGUUUUGCAGAGAGGUCAAAUACUUAUUUCCCUCAUUAAAACCCUCCUUUUACUGUAUUCCGUACCAGGGGUUGGAACCGGUUCAGGGAACAGAACCAAAAACUGGAAAAUAAUAAACAAUUUCGAAGAACAGAACCAGAACCGAGAAUGAAAGUGAGCUCUACUGUUACGGAACAGAACCGUUAUUUUAAAAGCAUGGGAACCGGUUAACAAUGUUAUUUUUACGUUCCAGGCAUUUUUUUCCAGUCCCACAAAAACAUGCAACAAAGCACCUAUGCAAAUCCUUCACUGUCACUCAGAAACGUAUUCCACUGUCUGCCUGCCUGCCAGCUGAAAAUCUUUGCCAGUGUGUGUGUUUAGGCUACCUGCCCCUCCCUCCGAAGCAUGCAUAGUCUACUGUAGCUACUGACGUUACAGGCAUGAUUCAGAAAUUAUGGAGAGAGAUUUUUUAUUGGAGUCAAUGGAUUAACUUUUUCAAUGCUAGAUAAGGAUACUAUAGUUAUCACGUUUCACAUUGGAUUUAUUAACUACAAAAAGGUAAGACGUGUUUUUAUUUUAAUUAUAGUGCCGCUCUGCAUACACAAGCUUGUUAGCUAGCUAGCCUGUUAGCUAGCUCUGGUCUAGCUCUUGAAAACUCUAGGCGGCAUUAUGUGUAAUGUAAUGGAACUGAGAAUUAUGAUCAAGGGCUAGCUCUGGUCGAACGUUAUAGUUAAGCCAAAACUCUCUGAAGUACAAAGACAUUCAAAGCUCCUUCAUAGAAGCUGCUCCUCCGUAGGUAUAAUUCUGUUGGCCUAAUUCAGAUAAUGCAUGUCAUACCAACAAGAUGCCCAGCGCUCCUCACCCGCAAAAUUUCAGUCGCAUGUCGCACCCUGCAUUACACUUGUCUGUCCAAUGCAUCUACAUAGCUUGCCCGCUCCAUAGCAAGCUGCUUUAUCCAUUGGUAAAAUCAUGUAAUUUCGAGCUGAACGUAAAACUUUUUUCAGAGGUUUAAAAAGGAACAGAAAGGAACGAUAUAAACUGUUACUGCUUUUUGGUUCGAACCGGUUCAGAACUUUAUUUUGCUGGUGGGAACAGCAGAAUGGAACUAAAAAAUUGUUUCUGUUCAGAACGAAACAAUUGGAAAAUAAUGUUGGUUUCCAACACCUGUUCCGUACUUUAAAUAACCUUUAUGACUGCAUUUUUUUUGUUUGUUUCUUAAAACACACCCUGCAUCUUUCCCUGAUUUGGUUCAUUCUCCUGUCAGUUUCAUGGCCAGAGAGAGAUUCACCUGGACAAUAAUUAUUUCCUGACACAUGCUCAGAAGGCCCGGUCUGAGACCUUCGUCAACCGUCGAGAGGUUAGCACCCGCUUCAAAAUGCCCCCCGGGGAGUACCUCAUUGUGCCCUCCACCUUCGAGCCACACCUAAAUGGCGACUUCUGCCUCCGCGUUUUCUCAGAGAAGCAGACUGAGACUCGGUAAUGCUCUCACCUUUGUUCAGGUUUCAUCCAUUUUCAGGGCCAAGGGCCGAUUCAGUAAAUGGUUAAAUUACUCCUGCACAAACAAUUACCUCUGAAAUGUAAUGUGUUGAUAGUCUGACUUGUUACUGCCUGCUAAGAUAUAACAUUUUUGUUUUGUUUUAUGUUGUGCUAUCUAGACCAUGUGACGAUCCUGUCAAGGCAGACUUAGAUGAUGUGAGUAGUGCACAGACUGCCUUGGUUUCACUUAAUUGUAUGGUAUUGUUUCCACUAGUAUUUACCUGGUAUUUACUAGGAAAUUGGGUAGUACCAAUACUUAAGGUACUUUCUGAUACUUAACACAAUAAUGAAUAGUGCCUAGUCGUCCUUGUUAAGAAGAAUCCCAAAGAAACAAACAUGUUCUUCAUAGGUUAUUACUAUGUAAUUACCAUUUUACCAUGCCAUUUCUAGUAAAUAUCUAUUCGUUUAUGUACUGUAAAACAAAGUUUGAAUUCUGUUUCUUGGUUUAUUGUGAGUAUUGCUCUCAUAUCUUUACAUCCAUAAACAUUCUAAUUAUGUUCUAAUAUCAACUAUUUUAUUUUUUAGGAGACUGUAUCUGAUGAUGACGUCGACGCAGGAAUUUCGAGGCUUGUUUGCAAAGCUUGCAGGAGAUGUACAUUCUUUUUUACACAUCAUUCUUUUGACCCUUUUAUCAGUGCAUUACAACCUCAUAACCACCUCGUCCACUUACAAAGGAUGUUCGAGGGUGAACCUAAACAUCAUUCAUCUUGAAAAGGUUUCUCUUUGGGGUUCUUGAGUAUUUUAUAUGUAUUGUCUUUUGUUUUAUUUCUUCAGGACAUGGAGAUCUCUGCAGCAGAGCUGAAAACCUUCAUGAAUAAGAUUGUCUCCAAACGUAAGCAAAAGUUUUGUUUUGUGGAUCUGAGGCAGAUUUGAAGUGUAUGUAGCUAUGCAGUGUUAUGGGAUAGCCCAUUGUACAAGUGAUUUCACCCGCCCUGAGAUCUAGUCAACUGUUGCUCACCCCGGUUGCACGGUUGACUUGAGUGACAAAGUGUUGUUGGGAACAUUGGAUCGUCCAAGGUUUGCUGUUCAGGGAUGGUCUCUGUUACUCCUCCUACUUAGAAAGCACACAGCAUCAGAUGGACCUGAAGGCUAUUCCAGAAAGAUGAAUAAAGCAAAUGCAAGCAUUUAUUAUUUAGGAUACACUCAUUGAUGGCCUAGUACAAAUGUAUCAGUGCAACAAACAACUAGCAAAUUCAUCCACAUGAUUCUUGGAGGAGGUAGGACAUCUGAUUUGAUUGGUUGAGAACAUGUGAGUGUAGCCACAAAAUCAGGAUAGAGUUGAGCUAACCUGUGAUGAGGCAGGUUUUUUGUGGAUGAUUCAUUGCCAUCGUUUCAGCUGUCUCUGGAGCUGAAAAUUCUAUCUGGAGCGGCGUUGAUUCAAGAUCUGACAAACAUUUGCUGGCUAACUCAUUAAUCUCCCUUUUCUGGAAUAUCCCUCAAUAGUCCUUUUUGUUGUUUUGCAGGAACUGACAUCAAAACAGAUGGCUUCAGUCUUGAAACCUGUAGAAUCAUGGUCAACCUCAUGGAUGUAUCCUUUCUUUCCGUCAGUAUUCCCAUUCUAAAUGUGGUUUCCAUAUGUUUGCUGUGUUUCAAACCGUUCCAUUUAUUCCAUUCCAGCCAUUACAAUGAGCCCAUCCUCCUAUAGCUCCUCCAACCAGCCUCCUCUGUUCUACACUAUAGUAUGUCAAUCUCCUAACUUAUAUCACAUUAACUAAAGUAAUGCUUUCAUCUGCUUGCCAGUGGUACGAAUUUCCUUAUGUUCCAUGUUCAACCAAUUAUUCGAUAUGGUGUGCUCGUACUGAAAGUUUGAAUCUUAACUCUACAGUAGGACAGUGGAAAUGGAAAAUUGGGCCUUGGGGAGUUCGCUACUCUGUGGAAGAAAGUGCAGAAGUACCUGGUAAGAUAUGUGUCGAGAAGGGUUUGAAUUUCUACCAUGAUGUGGGUGCCCUGAUUGCUAUUUUCUAUUGGUAGUUCCCAGCAAUUUCUACAACAGGUGCCACAGGUAUGACAGAACAUGCUCAACCAAAAACAAUGAUGAGGUGCAUAUCUUAGAUUAGUCACACAAAGAAAAGCGGAGGGUCUUGACCCCUGUAAUACGCUCAUAUUUAUUGCAAAUAGAUGGCCAUCGUUUCGGCGGCGGGUAGCCGAGCAGUUAGAGAGGCGAGCAACGGUAGGGUUGCCAGUUCCAAUCCCGGGUCCGACGGUAAAAAUCUGGCUGGAAGUGAGCUGGCAACCAGAGGGUAUCCUAGAUGCCAUUGUGUGCCCUUUAGCAAGGCACUUAAUAACAACAGCUCCCUGGGCGCCCAGUGUGGCAGCCCCCCUGCAUCGCUUCCUGUAUGUGAAUGUAUGUGUGUCUUUCGGAGGGGUUGGGUUAAAAGCAGAAGUCAAAUUUCUGACCUUGUGUUCAAUUGACCAAUAAAGUGAUCUUAAUCUAAUCGACAAAGUACAGAUAUGUUCAAUCUUUUACGACAAAUAUAAUGGCUCAUAUUUUUUUACACUAGUACUUCACAAGGAACAUAAGAUACUCAACAUUUACAACAAAACUAAAAGAUAAACUAACAAACAAAAUACUACUUAGGAACAAUGCACAAUGUAUACAAUUACACAUUACAUUAAGUUGGAAAUAGUGGAUGUAGUACUUACCCAUGCUGAUAAUGUGGAGCAUGCCAUGUUUAACCUGGCAGUAAUGCAUAUGACGUCAUUGUUAUGACCAUAUGUUAUAACAAAAAAAUAUUGAAUUGGGUAAUAUGUGCCAUUUGUUCCUACAGGGUAUCUAUAAGAAGAAUGACAUGGACAAUUCAGGCACCAUGAGUACUCCAGAGAUGCGUAUGGCCCUGAAAGAAGCAGGCGAGUCUCUUGGCAUUUUCUGAUCCUGUGACUACUUUUUAAUUGAGCCUAUCUUUUUGGCUUCCUUGGAGAUUUCGCUGAUCUGACAGAUAUGGGUUGGUGAAAGUGUUCACCGUUAAGUAGAAGUAGAUAGGGGAAAGGACAAAUAUCAAUAGUAUUGUAAUGAGGCACCCGAUUUGGAAAAGGACUGGUGCUAGUAACCAUAGAGUUCAAAUUCCAGAAACAGAGUCGUUGAGCAAGGCCUAAGCUUAUUGGUCAUAGAAGUGAAUAAUGUAUGUGCAUAACAGAUUAAAAACCCAUUGAAGCAGUUUGGAGUAAGGUGAAUUGAGCUGAACUGAAGGUGUUUGCAACAGAAAGAAAGUCUUAGGUACACAGGCUGUCAUUGCACUCAGUGCUUCACUGCUCAGUUUCUAACAAGGAAACUCUUCUUUUCCUUCCUCAGGCUUCACUUUGAACAACAGCAUUUAUCAGAUCCUCAUAGCUCGCUACGCUGAGCCAGACAUGACCAUCGACUUUGAUAACUUUGUGGCCUGCCUUAUGCGUCUGGAUAUGAUGUUCAGUGAGUAUUGUUGGCUUUCUCAAAAUCCCAAUCCAUAAGAUUUCCUGUUGUUCAAUGGUCAUCAUUUCAGUUAAUGAUAUAGCCAUUUAUUCUUGAGGAAUUAAACUUACAGUUGCCUUAUGAACAUCUGUUUUACCCUAUCAUAACCCAAAGCCUGUUGUUUCACUCCAAAUUAUGUCGUUUGUUCUCUUCCAAACCAAGUGGCUGUUGGGCUGAAACACAAACUCCAGUUUGUGGUCAUUUUAAAACUAAUGAAGAAACAGUGUUUAAAAAUUAUAUAAAAUCAAGCAAAUCUAACACUAGGCACUGAAUUCAUCAUUUGGGCUGUAACCUGUGUGUUUGUUUUUACUGUAAAUAAUUGAUAACUACUCUAUUUUUACAGGAGUCUUUAAGAAGAUUGAUGCUCAUGACAGUGGCUCCAUAGAGCUCGACUUCCAUCAGGUCAGUUAAUUAAUUAUUCAAAGAAACAAUGAAGACUGCUCUGACUUGCAUAUGAUGGAUAUGGUACUGCAGAUAGCUUGGAUUCACAACACAGGUAUGCCUAAUGCAAUAUGAUGGUCUGUUCUUUUUGUUACAGUGGCUAACAUUUGUGAUGAUCUAGAAGACCCCUGUUCAUUCCGAAGAAAAAAAUGUGCAAGUUCAAAAAAAACAAGUAUUAAAUAAUUAUUUAAUGGAAUUUUUUUAGAUUUUUAUAUCACAUUUUUGUAUGGAUUUUAUUCAAUGCUGCAUAGUAUUGUGUAUUCAGUAAGACAUUACUAACUGUGGUAUGGUAUUACUGUGGUAGGUUUAAUGUGAAUGUCAUUCUGUAAGAGGAACAACAAUAUAUUUGUUCGCAACCACUGUAAUAUGUUACUUUUUGUAUUAGAAAAUAUGCCUUGUAGAGAUUGUGAAAUUGCUUUUAAUUUUGGCUUGUUUUAUGGAAUGUCCACAUGGAAUUCCAUGCAAAUGCUUAAAUAAAGAUAUAUUCUAUUCUAAUAAUGUUAACAGUCGGAAAUUAAUCAAUCGGCUAUAUGUAGGCUUUUAGGUUAUAAACCAACGGUCCAUAGGCAUAUACGGUCUAUGAUGCGCAGUUGCGCACUAACUACACACGGAUCUUGGCCCUUUAAUAAUACGCUAAAUAAGAUUGGGUGGAUAAAAUUGGCUUGGUGGAUUCGAUUAUGCUGAGCCGCGGGCCACCUGGCAUUGGCCCGACACGUCAUCGGGCAAAAGCGUGACUCCCUUCACAAACCAAACAGUAAUCUGCUCCGCUCGGUCAUUUUGUCAAUAAGGCAGCAUGAUGCAUCGCCCAAAAACAUACAACAUCUCUUUUCCAUAAAAUAAAUGUUUGAAUUUUCUAACUAGUUUUCAAUGGGAAGGCAGAUAAAGCGUUUUUAUCAAACGCAAUCCCUUUUGCAUGGGAAAACACAGAGGUAAUUACUACAGGUGCUUUAUUGCGUCUCUUUUGUUUUGAACGGGACACCUGGCUCACGCCCGGGAGGCGGCCCUUUUCCAAAUCGAAUGCAAUCAAUUUUCAGCCGACGCAAAACACACCAACACCGGCGCCAGGCGGGAUUCAUCGAACCCUCUCAUUUUGACGCUGCUAACCCCUCCCACCGGAAUGGGCUGGGCAAGACACUGCAGUAACAACACUGAUUGCAGCUUUGUUCUUCUUUACUCAUAUGACAUGAUAGACAUAUUUACACAUAUCAGUUUACAGAGAAACUGAACGUCACAUCGAAAAGUGUCUAAAAAAAAUCGAGUCAGUGGUAAGUUAUGUCUGAUUUAUGAUUUGGAAUGCCAGAUGCAUGUCUCUAUGUGAUUGUGUUAUUGAAUUGGACAAUUUACCGGAAUGAAAUGCGCUGAAACUCAGCAUAAAAGCAGAAAUUGCAUGUUACCAUGCUUCAUUGCAAUGAUAAUCUAUGUCAAGCAUGUCCAGUCAUGGAAAUUAGUUUUGCACGUUAUGAUCAUGCAAUAUGAUAUGAUGAACUGCUCCAUGUCAGCUGAUUCCUCCAAACAUGGCAGGGGACGGACUACUUUCUUCAUAGAGAGACGUUGUCGUUGAUGUCUUUUUACGAUAUAAUUUAUAAAACAAAAUUAUUUUUCUCUGAAAUCCUCCAUUACUGUCAUACUCCCUUUACUUGAAAUGCUACUCUCUGACAUUGCUAUUUAUACAAUUCUAAAAAGAGAAUGAGCUCAUUUGAUCCACUGAAAACAUUAACAAAUGUGAUAUUCACAGGGAUUAUUGCAGAACGUAAAGUAGCCUAUAGGCCUGUACUUUAAAUGACUCUCAACCAUGCAGAUUGUGGUUCAAUGAAUUGUUAUUAAGGAGGCUAACUGAUUGUUAUUAUGGGCUUAUUGUAAAGGUGAUGCAGCUUUCUGGAAGGGGUGUGAACCUGAUUAGACUUAUCAAUACUCAAAGCAACAAUUUGAUCAAUUUGUAUAGGCUAUUGGAUUUAUCCACGAAAAUGAUCAUGAAACGUUUUCUUGAUGACCAUGAAAUGAACAAGAAAUGCUAAUUUAAUGCCACGUUGUUACCUAUAAUGUUGGCAGGCAAAUUGGAUUUAGUUACAAUAGACUUGCCACAAGCAUUUCAGUUUCAAUCAACAAUAUUGAUUCAAAUGUAUUGUUGCAGCCUUGUGUAUUGAUAUAUCAAUCCAAAUGAAUGCAUUAUUAGUAUUUUUAUCUUGUUACAGUAUGAAAGCAGAAUUAAAAUAUGGAGUAUACCCCAUAAAAAUGUAUUUGAUUGGUAAUAGAAGAAGACUAGUUCUGUUUAUUGUAUUAGGUGCAUUGUGUAAAUUAGUGCAAAAACAAAAGGGGAUUCAAACUGUUUUAAAAUGGAGCAUCACUACUAGUUUAUUGAAGUGUGUUUGAUUUCCACAGCAAGUGUCUUUGGAUGGAAGAAGGGAGUCAUUGUCUGCAACAAUUCAUUCUGUUUUUAGGACCUACUUUGUGAUGUACCAUACAGAUGUACUGUCUACUACAACGAUCGACUAUCAUACCAUAAACCUUUUUUGUUAUGAGACACAGUUCAGCGUUCAAAAACAGUUGCUUCUUGUUAUAGGUCUGUGAUGCUACAGUGCCGCUGUGUUGAAAGCAAGCCCUGGCCCCCCUCUAGUCAAUGAACUUAGUGAAUGACAUGACAUACUGUACCAUUCAGCUCUAUAGCUACCUAUAAGAGUUCUCUACCAGCUGCUGUCCUUAUCAAUCUCAUGUCAGUGAAAUGUACAACACGGACAACGAACAGUGUUUCUUGCUUGCAUGUGUGUAUAGCUCACUGCUUUGCUAUACUACAGUGAAAUUCUAGCUAUGUAUGUUUGUGACUGCAUCUGUGAAGACUGAAUCCUAAAUUAACUGGACUUUUGUUUCCCCAAGCCUGCUGCCCCUGUACCACUGAAGGACUGAAGGUACAAUAAUAUAGAUAUGUGUUCUUGUCAUGGUCUGUUCAGUGACUGGAAUGGAGUCUAAUGUACAGAUUGGAAUUGUAGUCCCUUCUCUAACCUAACCAUCAAAUAAUGUUUUAUGCUGUAGUUUCAGUUUUGUGACUGACAGAAUUGCAUGGAUGGACACAAGGUGUCCUUCCUCUAUAUCCAAUUAUGUUAGAGCAGUGAUCACUUUUUGUAGGGCAGGCCAGGAAGAAUGCCUCUUCAAAGUACAGUGAGGGAAAAAAGUAUUUGAUCCCCUGCUGAUUUUGUACGUUUGCCCACUGACAAAGACAUGAUCAGUCUAUAAUUUUAAUGGUAGGUUUAUUUGAACAGUGAGAGACAGAAUAACAACAAAAAAAUCCAGAAAAACGCAUGUAAAAAAUGUUAUAAAUUGAUUUGCAUUUUAAUGAGGAAAAUAAGUAUUUGACCCCUCUGCAAAACAUGACUUAGUACUGGUGGCAAAACCAUUGUUGGCAAUCACAGAGGUCAGACGUUUCUUGUAGUUGGCCACCAGGUUUGCACACAUCUCAGGAGGGAUUUUGUCCCACUCCUCUUUGCAGAUCUUCUCCAAGUCAUUAAGGUUUCGAGGCUGACGUUUGGCAACUCGAACCUUCAGCUCCCUCCACAGAUUUUCUAUGGGAUUAAGGUCUGGAGACUGGCAAGGCCACUCCAGGACCUUAAUGUGCUUCUUCUUGAGCCACUCUUUUGUUGCCUUGGCCGUGUGUUUUGGGUCAUUGUCAUGCUGGAAUACCCAUCCACGACCCAUUUUCAAUGCCCUGGCUGAGGGAAGGAGGUUCUCACCCAAGAUUUGACGGUACAUGGCCCCGUCCAUCGUCCGUUUGAUGCAGUGAAGUUGUCCUGUCUCCUUAGCAGAAAAAAAAAUAAUGUUUCCACCUCCAUGUUUGACGGUGGGGAUGGUGUUCUUGGGGUCAUAGGCAGCAUUCCUCCUCCUCCAAAUAUGGCGAGUUGAGUUGAUGCCAAAGAGCUCGAUUUUGGUCUCAUCUGACCACAACACUUUCACUCAGUUCUCCUCUGAAUCAUUCAGAUGUUCAUUGGCAAACUUCAGACGGGUCUGUAUAUGUCCUUUCUUGAGCAGGUGGACCUUGCGGGCGCAGCAGGAUUUUAGUCCUUCACGGCGUAGUGUGUUACCAAUUGUUUUCUUGGUGACUAUGGUCCCAGCUGCCUUGAGAUCAUUGACAAGAUCCUCCCGUGUAGUUCUGGUCUGAUUCCUCACCGUUCUCAUGAUCAUUGCAACUCCACGAGGUGAGAUCUUGCAUGGAGCCCCAGGCCGAGGGAGAUUGACAGUUAUUUUGUGUUUCUUCCAUUUGCGAAUAAUCGCACCAACUGUUGUCACCUUCUUACCAAGCUGCUUGGCGAUGGUCUUAUAGCCCAUUCCAGCCUUGUGUAGGUCUACAAUCUUGUCCCUGACAUCCUUGGAGAGGUCUUUGGUCUUGGCCAUGGUGGAGAGUUUGGAAUCUGAUUGAUUGAUUGCUUCUGUGGACAGUUGUCUUUUAUACAGGUAACAAACUGAGAUUAGGAACACUCCCUUUAAGAGUGUGCUCCUAAUCUCAGCUCGAUACCUGUAUAAAAGACACCUGGGAGGCAUAAAUCUUUCUGAUUGAGAGGGGGUCAAAUACUUAUUUCCCUCAUUAAAAUGCAAAUAAAUUUAUAACAUUUUUGACAUGCGUUUUUCUGGAUUUUAUUGUUGUUAUUCUGUCUCUCACUGUUCAAAUAAACCUACCAUUAAAAUUAUAGACUGAUCAUUUCUUUGUCAGUGGGCAAACGUACAAAAUCAGCAGGGGAUCAAAUACUUUUUUCCCUCACUGUAUUUGAGCGUAGUGCUUGUUCUGCCCUUUAAGUACCCAGCCAUAUAAAAUAAAUAAAUACAAAUAAAUUGGUAAUUUAGCAGACGCUCUUAUCCAGAGCGAUUUACAGGAGCAAUUAGGGUUAAGUGCCUUGCUCAAGGGCACAUCGACAGAUUUUUCACCUAGUCGGCUCGGGGAUUAGAACCAGCAACCUUUCGGUUACUGGCACAAUGCUCUUAACCACUAAGCUACCUGCCGCCUUCAUGAACAAAAUAUGACCUGAGAUUAAUGGAGUGUUUUACAUUUUUUGUGAAAAACUCCACUGAAAGUGUAUGCUCAAUAGUCAAACGGUAUCUUCGAAAGGCUAGCAUUUUUGUAAGCCCACUAAUUAAUUGACAUGAAAAUACCAGUGGAAUUCCAGAUAAUCCAAACGCCUUUACAUUGUGGCACUCAGUUUUAUCUAUGAAAUAUUCAGACAGCACUCAGAGAGAAGGUCCUACCCAUGGCUGCUCUGGGCCCAUCACUGCUCCUAGUUCUGAGACAUUAUCUCCAUUGUCAUGAGUAAAAAGCGUAUACUGAUAAUGAGCCACAUCGUACAGUGUCCUCUCUCAUUUGAAACAAUGUCCCUCUGCCUGCAAGUGUAUUCUGUCGAGGCUAUUUAUAUGCUAGCUUCCAGUAACCCACCUCUUAACACACACACACACACACACACACACACUCUUAUUUUUGUCCGUCUCAGCAUGUACCCAUUCGGAGGGGUCUCAGCACGUAUCCAGAGGGACAGACUACACGCUGAGGGAAUGGGAACCAACGAGCGGGCGCUGAAGUUCCUCAACCAGGACUACGAGGCCUUGAAGCAGGAGUGCCUGGAGAGCGGCUGUCUGUUCGAGGACCCCUGCUUCCCCACCGAGCCAACAUCCCUGGGCUUCAAAGAGCUGGCCCCCCACUCAUCCAAAACCCAGGGCGUGGAGUGGAUGAGGCCCACAGUAAGAGACUGAUAGGAGUUACACUGGCUCCAAAUGAAUAUUGUAGUUGAAGCUAUACUAGAGAUACACAUGCAAAUCCCUUGGUUGUAUCAACCCAAGUAAGGAUUUGUCCCUAAACUCAUGAAUGGUAUUGCAAAAAAGAGUGAGUGUAAACUGUUCUAGUAGUAUCUUAAUAGCUUUUGCUCCAGCCUCUGAAUCAAACCCUUGUUCCUGUGUGGUUAGACUGCAGGAUUUGUAUGUGCUACUUGCAGACACAGGGCACCCUAGAUACAUUUUGCGCCUGAGCUGAGAAUUAAAUUGUUAUUUUGGCAUGGAGGGGCACGAUGAAUGGCAUGUAAUGAGAAAAAAACAGAUGCUCUUUUCAGCAGAGGGUUAGAGCUUUUAGAGUUAGCAUUUAGAGUUAGCAUUUCACCAAACCUGAAAAGGUGCUGUAAAAGAUGAAUCUAUCAUUCUGACAUCUGUGCACUUACCGAUAAUUCCUCCCACCCCAUGCAAAGAUAAAACACUCAAACAACAAAUCAGACACCCUUCCUUGAUUUUAUAUAUACACAAAUGGUUGUUGAUACAUUGCUGUGUUAACAAUGUUCAACCUAGCCUGGGUGCCAGUCUAUUUCUGCUUUCAAAUAGUUGUUUUAUGUUGGUCUUGGAACAUUUAUUAUAUUCUUUACUACAGCAAAAUGUUUUGGUGGACAAAAAACAAAUGUAACUCAAAAUCCCUCUUUCACGCAGCAUGUGAUGACACUGUCAUUCUGUAGCAGAGGUAAUGACAGCACUGAUGAUAGUUUAACGGUAAUGUGGAUGUGGGUGGGCGGGAGAGCUAUGCUCACUUCAGUCAGCGUCCCUUGCCUGGGAGUGGUGAACAAACAGUCUAGAGGCCUACAUGCCAGACAUAGCUCCUCCAACAGCUGCUGCUUGUGUAUACUAACUAACAGCACGAGCCGCUAAAUGAUUUGAACAUAUUAAGGCUGAGAGGGCAGUCCUACUCUCUCACACUAGCGGCAGCUGUUUACUCCUCAAAUGAUGCUUUGAUGUCAUUGACAGAGUAACAAUCUACUUUUGACAGCCUUUCUGAAAGCUUGAAAGUUUACUAAAGAUACUUUCUGUGUCAGUGCAAAAUGGACAUGGUUGAAGUUGCAAAAUCAUAAGGAGGGGUACUGUAGCUACACAAGCUUUUGCACCAGAUUUAAAAACAUCAGCCACAUUUUCAUUCAUGAUAUUUGUCUCGAUGUGUACAUAUUUGUAGGUAUUUAUUUGAUUGUUUCUGGUUUUACUUCAUUUUCAAUAGGAGCUUUCAGAUAACCCUGAGUUCAUUUUGGGCGGAGCUACAAGGACUGAUAUCUGUCAAGGAGCACUCGGUGAGUAUCAAUGUGUUUAGGUGUCAAUGUGCUGUAAUAGUUUGACACUAAAAGGGGGUUUAAUGGCCUUACAAAGAUUGUUAUAUACAGUACCAGUCAAAAGUUUGGACACACCUACUCAAGGGUUUUUCUUUAUUUUUACUAUUUUCUACAUUGUAGAAUAAUAGUGAAGACAUCAACUAUGAAAUAACACAUACAGUGCCUUGCAAAAGUAUUCAGCCCCCUUUUUUUAUUUUUUAGGUAUUUUACCCCCUUUUCCUCCCCAAUUUCAUGGUAUCCAAUUGGUAGUUACAGUCUUUGUCCCAUCGCUGCAACCCCCAUACGGACACGGGAGAGGCGAAGGUCGAGAGUCGUGCGUCCUCCGAAACACAACCCAACCGAGCCGCACUGCUUCUUGACACAGUGCCCGCUUAACCCGGAAGCCAGCCGCACCAAUGUGUCGGAGGAAACACCGUACACCUGGCGACCGAGCCAGCGUGCACUGCGCCCGGCCUGCCACAGGGGUCGCUAGAGCGUGAUGGGACAAGGACAUCCCUGCCGGCCAAACCCUCCCCUACCCUGGACGACACUGGGCCAAUUGUGCACCGCCCCAUGGGUCUCCCGGUCGCAACAGAGCCUGGACUCGAACCAGGAUCUUUGUUGUCCUUAAACCAUUUUGCCACAACUUUGGAAGUAUGCUUGGGGUCAUUGUCCAUUUGGAAGACCCAUUUGCGACCAAGCUUUAACUUCCUUACUGAUGUCUUGAGAUGUUGCUUCAAUAUAUCCACAUAAUUUUCCUUCCUCAUGAUGCCAUCUAUUUUGUGAAGUGCACCAGUCCCUCCUGCAGCAAAGCACCCCCACAGCAUGAUCCUGCCACCCCUGUGCUUCACGGUUGGGAUGGUGUUCUUCGGCUUGCAAGCGACCCCCUUUUUCCUCCAAACAUAACAAUGGUCAUUAUGGCCAAACAGUUUUAUUUUUGUUUCAUCAAACCGGAGGAAAUUUCUCCAAAAAGUACAAUCUUUGUCCCCAUUUGCAGUUGCAAACCGUAGUCUGGCUUUUAUAUGGCAGUUUUGGAGCAGUGGCUUCUUCCUUGCUGAGCGGCCUUUCAGGUUAUGUCGAUAUAGGACUCGUUUUACUGUGGAUAUAGAUACUUUUGUACCUGUUUCUACCAGCAUCUUCACAAGGUCCUUUGCUGUUGUUCUGAGAUUGUUUUGCACUUUUCGCACCAAAGUACGUUCAUCUCUAGGAAAAAGAACGCGUCUCCUUCCUGAGCGGUAUGACGGCUGCGUGGUCCCAUGGUGUUUAUACUUGCGUACUAUUGUUUGUACAGAUGAACGUGGUACCUUCAGGCGUUUGGAAAUUGUUCCCAAGGAUGAACCAGACUUGUGGAGGUCUACAAUCGUUUUUCUGAGGUCUUGACUGAUUUCUUUUCAUUUUCCCAUGAUGUCAAGCAAAGAGGCACUGAGUUUGAAGGUAGGCCUUGAAAUACAUCCACAGGUACACCUCCAAUUGACUCAAAUUAUGUCAAUUAGCCUAUCAGAAGCUUCUAAAGCCAUGACAUCAUUUUCUGGAAUUUUCCAAGCUGUUUAAAGGCACAGUCAACUUAGUGUAUGUAAACUUCUGACCCACUGGAAUACAGUGAUACAGUGAAUUAUAAGUGAAAUAAUCUGUCUGUAAACAAUUGUUAGAAAAAUUACUUGUGUCAUGCACAAAGUAGAUGUCCUAACCGACUUGCCAAAACUAUAGUUUGUUAACAAGAAAUGUGUGGAGUGGUUGAAAAACAAGUUUUAAUGACUCCAACCUAAGUGUAUGUAAACUUCCGACUUCAACUGUAUAUGUCCUUUGGAGUAGCUCUGUGAGUAAAAGAGGAAUGACCCUGACUAGCCAGCUGACUGCUUGAGUGUGGCGGUACCCAUUUAUGAGUCAGGGAGAUACUGGUAAUGACUCACAGCAAGGCUAAUAGUGGACACGCCUACAGAGAAAGCGUGCUCAUGGAUAUUGGCUCCAGUCCCAUGCAGCAAUCUUUGGCGUAUGUUUGCGAAACAGGGUGGAGGGAGGCGGAUAACGAGGGGCGGAUAACGGAUCUAGCCACUGGAAUGGAAUUCAAGAUAAAAGAUUGUUCAAUCAGUGAGCUAUCAGUUGUGAUUAGUGCCAUGAUCAGCUUCCUUUUUAACUAGUGAGAAAAUUAUUUUGUUGUGAGUAGAUCACAGGAAAUGGCAACAAAAAAUAAUGCCCAAAACUGUUCUGUUCUUGUGAUCUCACAAGUCUUGUUUAAAGUUUCCUCAUAUCUCUAGUCUAGCUGGAAGGGAAAAGGCGGUCUGAUGUGUAAUUAUUAUACACAUGACAGGAUGAAGGCCCAGCCCACAAACAACUUCUCUCUUUCUGUCUUUGGCAGGAGUUGACUCUCCCUUUACGUCACAGCCUGUGGGCUCCCCCUUCUGUUUGUUUUUGGGAAUUAACUUGAUUGAGUUAUGUAGCCUUUCAAGCAUUCUAUAAGGCUCAUCAAACUUCAGGUUCAGCUAAUCAGUGCUUGAAAUGUAAUAGAAAAUGUGACAAUGAUUGACAGAAUCUGAUAAUACUCCUCACUAUAAGGUCCAUACUUUUACUUUUUUUCACGAGACUGGACUCGAACCAGGAUCUUUGUUGUCCUUAAGCCAUUUUGCCACAACUUUGGAAGUAUGCUUGGGGUCAUUGUCCAUUUGGAAGACCCAUUUGCAACCAAGCUUUAACUUCCUGACUGAUGUCUUGAGAUGUUGCUUCAAUAUAUCCACAUAAUUUUCCUUCCUCAUGAUGCCAUCUAUUUUGUGAAGUGCACCAGUCCCUCCUGCAGCAAAGCACCCCCACAGCAUGAUGCUGCCACCCCUGUGCUUCACAGUUGGGAUGGUGUUCUUCGGCUUGCAAGCGACCCCCUUUUUCCUCCAAACAUAACAAUGUUCAUUAUGGCCAAACAGUUCUAUUUUUGUUUCAUCAGACCGGAGGACAUUUCUCCAAAAAGUACGAUCUUUGUCCCCAUUUGCAGUUGCAAACCGUAGUCUGGCUUUUUUAUGGAGGUUUUGGAGCAGUGGCUUCUUCCUUGCUGAGCGGCCUUUCAGGUUAUGUCGAUAUAGGACUCGUUUUACUGUGGAUAUAGAUACUUUUGUACCUGUUUCUUCCAGCAUCUUCACAAGGUCCUUUGCUGUUGUUCUGGGAUUGAUUUGCACUUUUCGCACCAAAGUACGUUCAUCUCUAGGAGAUAGAAUGCGUCUCCUUCCUGAGCGGUAUGACGGCUGCGUGGUCCCAUGGUGUUUAUACUUGCGUACUAUUGUUUGUACAGAUGAACGUGGUACCUUCAGGCGUUUGGAAAUUGCUCCCAAGGAUGAACCAGACUUGUGGAGGUCUACAAUUGUUUUUCUGAGGUCUUGGCUGAUUUCUUUAGAUUUUCCCAUGAUGUCAAGUAAAGAGGCACUGAGUUUGAAGGUAGGCCUUGAAAUACAUCCACAGGUACACCUCCAAUUUUCACCAGCAAGCAGUGCAUGGCUUAAGUUAUUAACCAUAUCUACUUCUGAGUAUACACUUAUAUGGAUAAGGCUGCUGUCAUAUGCACCCACAUUAGGGCGCCGACACACUAGAAUUUUAUGUUAGAGAAUUUCGGAUGAAGCAAAUGCUUUUUGAAGUUGUACUGUUGACGGACCAAAACUGACAAUGAUGCAGGUCAUACACAAUUGAAUGUGUCAUGCGUCUGAGUGUGGCCUUAGCCUUAGGAUUUCAACCCCCAAUCCGCAGUAGUGACGUUAGGGACCUUUAACAUUGCAUUAGCAAUCCCCAUAGCUCUCUCUAUAGGGAAGUAGCUAAUCAAAAUCAAAUCAAAUCAAAUUUUAUUGGUCACAUGCGCCGAAUACAACAGGUGCAGACAUUACAGUGAAAUGCUUACUUACAGCCCUUAACCAACAGUGCUAAUGCUUACUCCCCACACUAACUGAGUUACAGUACAUGACCCCUUAACAGCUGAAUACAUUUUAGUCAUUUAGCAGACGCUCUUAUCCAGAGCGACUUACAGUAGAGAGUGCAUACAUUUUCGUACUGGUCCCCCGUGAGAAUCAAACCCACAACCCUGGAAUUUCAAGCACCAUGCUCUAUCAACUGAGCUACACUGGACCAGAAGACUUGAGGUUGCCUGAUGGUUUUAACAAUGUGAUGAUGGUGGGAAUAACCCUUUUACAUUUUCAUGUGUAGAUCUCAGCUGUUCUUGCUGCAUGCCAUUUGAUAGUAGUCUACUGAUGGUGCAUGAUUUCAGUUAAAGCAAAUUGGAAGCAAUUUUCAAAGAGGAGUUGAGGUUUUGGAAAACAAUAACACAUUUUUGAAGGCUUGGCUCAGACUGGCCAAAAUGCAUUAGGUUGGCUAUUCACUCACUACUAUGAACAAGGGUGAUUUGAGCUGAGUGCUUGGAAUGAGUUAAGUGUUUUUUUUUUGUUACUAACAGCAGCCUUCAUUGAAAGUGGUGGGAUUGAAACCGCACCAGACAAUGUAAAUGUUGUGUUUUAAGACAUCUAGGUAAUAUUUGAGAAAGAUGCACACAUGACUAAUUUAGGCUAUGAUGCCUUUAGAUUUUGACUGUUAAGAUUUCUGUAUAGUUAUUUUGACAGUAUUUUAAUAAAACAUUUGGAGCUCAGCUAAAUUAGCUUAUAUUUAUUCAUUUAUAUUUUAGUCAUUUAGCAGACGCUCUUAUCCAGAGCGACUUACAGGAGCAAUUAGGGUUAAGUGCCUUGCUCAAGGGCACAUCGACAGAUUUUUCACCUAGUCGGCUCUGGGAUUAGAACCAGCGACCUUUCUGUUACUGGCACUACGCUCUUAACCACUAAGCUACCUGCCGCCCUACACUUUCUAUUCCCUCUCUCACACUUUCACCCCAGGUUGAAAUGAUUACAUUUGAAAAUGCCUCUAUCUCCCUCGUCUCCCAUCUGGGCCAGGUGCUUCUAUUCUGAGCCUGCUUCCGCUUGAGGUUUCCUCCUCGUAUGAAGGCUUUCCAGGCCACUGUGCAUCUGCUUGCUCUUUGGAGUCUAGACCAGGUUACUGUGAAGCACUUGGUGACAACCGCUCAGUGUUUAUAAAUACAUUUGAUUGAUCAUUUUUUACUAUUUUCCCUCUGUGGCUAGGUGACUGCUGGCUCCUGGCAGCCAUUGCUUCCCUCACCCUUAACGAGAAGCUGCUACACAGGGUGGUCCCUCAUGGUCAAGCCUUUCAAGACAACUACGCUGGCAUCUUCCACUUCCAGGUCCAAUCAAUCAAACAGAAUAGAGGAAAUGGAAUAGAAAAACAUUUUAAUGAAAGAUAAUAUAAUGAUACAGCUUCAUACAGCGUGGUAGCCUACAUACAUAAGAAAUAGUGACUUGUCAUAUUCAGAUUGAAGUUUGAUUUGAUGGAUUUUAAAUCAACCUUUGUAGGUUGCAUAAAACAGCAUAAAACAAUUAUAGCCUUCAUGUCUGACUCCAAAUUCUUCACCAACAGUAAUGACUGUUUUGUUUGUUCACAGUUCUGGCAGUUUGGAGAGUGGGUGGACGUUGUCAUUGAUGAUCGACUGCCUGUCAAAGAUGGCGAGCUGAUGUUUGUUCACUCCGCUGAGGGUAACGAGUUCUGGAGUGCCCUGAUUGAGAAGGCAUAUGCCAAGUAUGACUUUCCUAAUAUUAGCUAUUAUCUGUGUCAAAAGCUUUAAAAAUGUUUAAUGGUUCUGUAAAACAGGCUGUAAUUCAGGUAUACAGUGCAUCCAUCUUAGAAUAGAAUUUUCUUUUUGCAAAGUUUUAUUUGUUACACCAAGUAAACAGUGGGUAACGAUUGUAUGUUCAUAAAGCAUACAUGUCACAAGUCCAGUUAGCUCUGACAUCUGUAAUUGUAUCAUACAUUCCUUAAGCUUUCGUCAAUCUAUGAAGCUAUAAUGAUAUGUUUAUUAUGUGCUUAGGUGUAAUGUUUGUUUUAUGAACAUACGUUUCAUUUACGAAUAUUGUAGAUGGUGAAUACUGGUGCAUUUUUGCAUGAAGGGACAUAAUUAUUUUCCAGGGUUGACACAUUGUGACAUUGUCAUUCCUUUGUUUUGUGUUAGACUGAGUGGCUCCUACGAGGCCUUGUCUGGUGGCAGCACCACAGAGGGCUUUGAGGACUUCACCGGUGGCGUGGCAGAGAUGUACGAGCUACGUAAGGCGCCUAAGGAUCUGUACCGGAUCAUUGGUAAAGCCCUGGAGAGAGGCUCCCUUCUGGGCUGCUCCAUUGACGUAAGUGGCGUCCCUGUUACAUGACACACAGGACAACCUGCUGUACACAUAUGCAGUCCUCUCAGAUAGGGGUUGUUUCUGGACGGGACCUAGGUCACUGGCGCAGGUCCUAUGUUCUAAUCUAGGUUGACAUUUUCGCCCCCAUUCAGCUUUUAAAUUCCCCAAAACAACGGAAUCACUCGCAUCAUGAAUCUUGGCUUAUUUUAUUUUUUUAAAACGAUCUUUCCACAUAAUGGAAUUGUGAGCUGCAGUAUUCUCAACUUUUUGCCUCUGGUGAUGGUUUGAGCCAAAAGUGGUCCCCUAAAAUGGACAGAAAUAUUGCUUUUGAUAUUACCCCAUUGGACAGAAAUGGGCACAUCUUCCCAUGCCCAUGGGCAUACAGGCAACACUCAAGCCAACAUUUUAGGUAAACAAUAACCUAACCUCCAUACAGCCUCUUUAAAGUGGAGAGACAAAUAGUCUGUUGUUGACAUAGAGCAAAAUCGCAAUUAUAUUUUUGGCCAAAGAUGUCAUGUCCCAAGUGUGGGUAGUAAUAAUUGAAUAUGUAUGAUGACAUCUGUUUGCAUUCCUAGAUCACCAGUGCCUUCGACAUGGAGGCAGUGACCUUUAAGAAGCUGGUUAAAGGCCAUGCCUACUCUGUCACAGGUCUGAAGCAGGUGAGUGAGUGAAAAUAAGGCUUUGGAUAAUGAAUUGUGGAAAAGUGAGGGAUAUGCCUCUUCCUGCGGGCUAUUUCAAGCCUUAGGCCAGGGUUCUGCAAUUCUGGUCCUGGAGGGCCGAAACACCUCUGUUUUUCAUCAUCUCCUUCUAAUCAGGGGCUAAUUCAGACCUGGGACACCAGGUGAGUGCAAUUAACUACCAGGUAGAAAUAAAAAACAGAAGUGUUUCGGCCCUCCAGGACCGGAAUUGAAGAACCCUGCCUUAGGCGAUUGUGCCUGAUUCAUACUAUAGGGCAGACCCGAACCAUACUGUAAUAGCGCAGAUGUUUUUUUCUCCACAUUGUCCUUUCCAGCAUGGUUCCAUGGUGGAUUCUUAAGCAGGCCAGCUAAGUACAACUUAGCAUAGCUUGGCUCAGCUUGACCUUAGUGUGAAUCUGGAAUUGGAGGAAAAGGAGUGGUGAAAACAGGAAUAUGUAUUAUAGUAGACGUAAACAAAUCGCAAAAUAAGAGGCACUUAUUCUCCUGAUCUUUCAGUAUACAGGCAAUAUUUUGCAGAAAUUAUUUAUUUCCAAAUUAAUAGUUAUACGGGCAUCUAUGACUAUCAAACAACAUCUGGAUUGAGAAAUUCUACCGUCAAAUUGGAAGUUGGCAAGUGGUUACACUUUCUAUGUAAAAUCUGACCCACAUUUGUUUGUGUGUGUCUGUCUAUCAUCAUAGGUGGAUUUCCGGGGUCGCAUGGAGAAGUUGAUCCGUAUUCGUAACCCCUGGGGUCAGGUGGAGUGGACCGGGGCUUGGAGUGAUAAGUGAGUUCACAUCACAACCAUCAUGCUUUUCUGGACACUGUGUGCGCAGUGCCGCCUCUGCGUAGACUACACGCUGCGCGUAGGGCCCCGUGGCUCAGUCGGGUAGAAUACACAACGUGCAUCAGCAGUUUUUCUCUUACGUCAGUCACUGACAGUCACUCAAUUAGCCCAUGUCAGCUAACAUUUUAUAAGAUUGCUAGGUAAUGUUAGUCAAGCCAGCUAUAUCUAAACCUUCAUGGCUGAUCUCCAGGGGGCCCCUGACCUCCAGGGGUCCCCCAUUGAUUUUGUUAGUCACCCAGAUAUCGUAUGAACAUGGCAAAAGUCAAGGAAAAAUGUAUAGAAUUCCAGGAAAUUAGCUUUAAAACUGCAACCAAAUCUCGCUUAGGGCCCCCAAAAGGCUGCGUGUGUGUCUGUGUAAGGAUUUGUGUAAGGAUUUGUUUGUGUGCACGAGUACUCCAGUGGACCUCUUUCUGAAUUCGCUAUUCAAGUUUCAAGUUUUAUUAGUCGUAUGUACCGGAUACACAUGGCAUCCAACGAAAUGGUUACUUGCAGGUUCCUUCUCGACAAUGCAACAACAAUAAGAAAUAAUAAAAUAUAAGAAUACGAACAUAAAGUAAAUGACUCAGUAGAAUAGAAUAAUCAUUUUAGCAUAAGUUUAAUACAGGAAGCCACAAUUUAUAGUCUAAUAUUUACACUUGUUUUGGGGAAGGGGGGAUUGGGGGGAAAGUGUUUUAAAUUGUGCAGUAUUUAGCAAUAAUAAUAAAGAGUCUGUUAGCAGCAGUUGUGAUGUGUGUGUAGCAUGAAUGUGUGUAUGUGUAUAUCUGUGUGGGUGGGUGUGUGCGUGAGUGAGUGCAUGUGUGCUACGGUGCGGAGAAUCAGUGCAGGUGGUCAGUCAGUUCCAGUUCAAGUGUUCAGCAGUCUGAUGACUUGUAGAUAAAAACUGUCUCUGAGCCUGUUGGUAUCAGACCUCAUGCUCCGAUACCGUCUGCCAGACUGUAAGGGAGUGAACAGCUCGUGGCUGGGGUGUGUGGGGUCCUGGAUGAUGCUGUGGGCCGUCCUCAGGGGCCAUAACCAGCCUCUUGAAGCACUUCAUGAUGACCGGGGUGAGCCUAUACAGGGGCAAUAGUCAUUUGGGCAUGUCACCUUGUUUUUCUUGGGCACUUGGAUGUAAUGGUCUCCUUGAAGCAGGUGGGGACUACAGCCUGGGACAGUUUGAAAAUGUUAGAGAAGACGCCCACCAGCUGGUAAGCACUAGGGCUGGGAUGAUACCAGUAUCGCAAUAUUUAUUCCAUGGCAAAAAAUGAAAAAACUAAGCAGAACAAACUAUUUGGUCCUUUAAAAACAUCCUGUAUGUAAAAUAUUGUCUGCUAUAGCUUGGAAAAUAAAUAAAUGUGACUCUGGAUGACAACAUGAUGUUUGUUUCCAACAUUAGGGCUGUUUUCCUAAAGAAGGUGAAUCUGUUUUGUGUUUUGUUUCCUUGCCACGAUACUAAUGAGUAUCGUGUUACUGGUAUCAUCCCGGCCCUAGUCAGCACACUCAUCUGGGCUGGUGGCUUUGUGAGUAUUCACUGAUGAAUGUUUUCCUAACGUCAGCCUCGGAGAGCGAAAGCACCUGGUCAUCCAGAGCAGCCAGUUUUAAGGUUGUUGUCAGUAAGAUCUUUGCAUUACAUUUCUAUUGAUCAAUUAUAAACAAUACUCAUCACUGUCUCUCUCUUUCUCUCUCUCUCUCUCUGUGUCUGUCUCUCUCUCUCUCUCUCUCUCUCUCUCUCUCUCGGAUAUUGCUAUUAGUUCGUCUGAGUGGGAUGCGAUUGAUCCAACAGAAAGGGAGGAAAUGAAUUGUCACAUGGAGGACGGGGAGUUCUGGUGAGUUCACAUUCCGAGAUAUCGCCUUGUGUGUUCUCCCCCCACAACGCUCAGUUGUUUGUUCUGGUGUCCUGUUUGUUGGGGCUGGACCCUGUAUACCACACCUGCACCCGAUAAUAAUCUAACCCAACCCACACCUGACCCAAACCCGAUGGAAAUGUAUUACCAUUUUAUCAAACUUUUGACAGAUUCCAUCGGUCUCCCUUUCCAUGCUCUCUGUAUAUCCAGGAUGUCCUUCCAGGAGUUCCUGCGUCAGUUUUCCCGGCUGGAGAUCUGUAACUUGACAGCAGACGCUCUGAGUGAUGACAGCCAGAGUUUCUGGAACACCAUCAAGUUUGACGGAGGCUGGAGGAAGGGCAGCACGGCUGGAGGCUGCCGGAACCAUCCAAGUGAGAGAACACCAUGACCACUACACUACACCCACUACCUUGUAGGCACUUGUGUAGACCUGAGAGGAUUGGAUAGUUGUAAGCAAUAUGGUGACAAUUCCACCUGGCCUAGGUGGUAGGAGCUAGAGGUUGAUUUUGGAGUCAGGGAUACACUUCAACUUCAUCAGCCACUGACUGCAUGUCUGUUGUUUAUCACAUGAGUUGCAUACAUUGUUAAUGGAUUGCAUAUGUUACAACAUACAAACAUCCUAGUGAGAACUUACCAUAACAUCUUUUUUAUAAGGAAUAGGCAGCUUAGUGGGUAAGAGCGUUGUGCCAGUAACCGAAAGGUCGCUGGUUCUAAUCCCCGAGCCGACUAGGUGAAAAAUCUGCAAGGCACUUGUCUGCUAAAUGACUAAAAUGAAUAAAUUGAUAUUUUGUUGUUACUCUUUCAAGUACCUAGUUAUGACAUUAGGGGGUGCUGUAGGAUCAUAGACAGAAACAGAUAAAGGAGAGAAGUGAACAAGUACUCUAGCUCUGGGGCCAUAUGUAUCGGAAGGACGUGGUCUAAGAUAUUUGCCUGUUUGUUUCUUUACCUUUACAAUUCUUCACUUGGCAAAGUCACCAUACAGACCAUAUCAACGGCGAAGGUUGGCUAAUCUUAAAACGUUUUGUAGGCAAUGUCCAUGGCUCGGACCUGCAUUGCAAUUUAGGCUACCGAAAUGUGAAUGCAAUGUGUAGGCUAGUAUUCCCAUGUUGAAGCCUUUUUGUGAAAAACUGGAUACAUGUUUUUUUUAUAACUAGGCCGAUUUUAUAGGGUUACUAUAGGCCUAUGCCAUUUAAUAAACAAUCUUCAAACGCACAUCCAUGCUCUCCUGACGAAUUGGAGUUCAUGACAACGGAACAUCAAACACCAUAAAUACACAACCACAUUAAAGGCUUAGGAGCAGGUUUUCAUUGGCCAGUGAGUGGUCAAGCCCUCGUUACACCUAAAUGAAUGAAAAGCGUGCCUCUUUACACCACCGGCAGCUGUUGUGCCCAUAAUUCCCACUGUCAAAACGACAAAUAUAUUUCUGACACACCCACAGUGCUGCGCGAGUGUGCUAAGAUUUACGUUUGCAUUUGGUUUGUUAAAAUAGAGUCCUGAGUUGAGUUAGAAUUGACCACAGGCAUUUUCACUCGCUAUGUUCAAAAGGAACCCAAAACCCCAAAAUAUGCAUUAUCAUGACCUCUGCCUUCUGUCUUUGUUAGACACCUUUUGGAUCAACCCCCAGUAUAAGAUUACCCUGCUGGAGGAGGACGACGACCCUGAGGAUGAAGAGGAGGCCUGCAGCUUCUUGGUGGCUCUCAUGCAAAAGGAUAGGCGCCGCUACCGACGCCAGGGCCAGGACAUGCACACCAUCGGCUUUGCCAUCUACGAGGUGAGGGGUCAAAGAUGACAAGGUGACAUGCCAGUAGCAGAGGAGGAAAUUAAGCCGUAAUAAAAGUCGAUGGAGGGUAGAAUAAAGCAAAGAGACAUUUAGCCAAGUAGAGGUAGAUUCUCUGUAUAAUGUCUGUUUAUUUGAUGUGAUACCCAGUGACCAAAGAAUCAACGAUAGACCAAAACAAAAUGUCCCUAAAACUGACCUUGUCCUUUCUAUUUUCCUUCUUUGUCAUCUAUCGUUACAGAUUCCAGAAGAGGUAUGUAACGGUUUCACACACGCACACAAACAGACUAGCCCUAUCUACCCCCUGUCCCUCUUCUCUCAGUUUAAGGGUUGUCAAAGUGUUCACUUGAAGAAAGACUUCUUCUUGAAGCACUCGUCCUGUGCACGUUCUGAGACCUUUAUCAACCUGAGGGAGGUGAGCGCACGGCUGCGCCUGCCGCCCGGGGAGUACCUGGUGGUACCCUCCACCUUCGAACCUGGGAAGGAGGCUGACUUUGUCCUCAGAGUCUUCACUGAGAAGCAGUCGGAGACACAGUGAGUACAGUACAGUAGUACUUCAGGGAUGUGCAACUUAAAUGGAGAAAUACAUUUCUGUUCACUUCAGCAGCAAAAUUGUCAAUCCUAAAUCAUUUCUAGUCUGGUUUUCUCAAUACACCUCAAUCAGUUGUUGGUAAUUAUGUACAGAUGUCGGAUCUUAAUUUGACCCGUUUCGUCGCAGGAGGAAAUUAUCCUGCAGUAGGAGGAUUUGAAUGUUUGAAGAAAUAUUUAGAAUCGCAGCCAGGGGGCAGCUAGAAUCGGCGUUUGUAUACAAUGCAGUAUCGUACCUACAUAGUAGGCCUACUGCAGGUCCACUGGGCACCAGUUCAACUGGUUUUAAGAUGUCCUUUUUCUCGAUAAUAUAUACUGUAGAUCUAAAAAAUCAUAGGCUGUCAUGCACCAUUGCGUAGGUGAGGUAGCCUACGCAAUGGUGCAUGAAAGCCUAUGAUUUGUUAUGAUCAUGGGGGGGAGUCAUAUCAUUUCAUAUUUAGUUCGUAUUCACCUGUCGGCUGCCACUCAAAAAUAAAAAUACAUUUAAAAAAAGGUACAUAUAUACAAAGCAUUGAUCAUUAUGAUCAUAUUACAGAGUUAAAAAAUUAUAAUACAUUUAAUAUGUAAAGGAAAAUAAACAAAAAUAAGUACGCAUCGAUCCCCAACCUCCUAUCCCCCAUUCCCCCCUAUCCAACAUGUCUCCAUCCAACCACCCACCCACAAUAUCUAUUUUAUGUUAUUAAGCUAGAUAAAAUGACAGUUGUUGAUGUGUAUGGCUGCAUUUCAGAUACAUUUUUAUACAUUUGAAUGUUGGAGUAAUAGGACCUAGGCCUAGCGUUUGACUGCCCCCGCAUGGAGAGAAAAAUAUAACUUUUCAGGGAAUCACAUUUUUGAAUUUCCUGAUGCAGCAGGAAAAUUCUCAGCGACAAAAGAGUGAUCAAGUUAAGAUUCGACAUCUGUAUACCACUAUAGCUUCUAGACAUUGGCACAACUUGGUAAAUAAUUGGAAUAAAAGUCUGUGUGACUAUCGUAUUGUAUUGUAUGGCUAUUACUGAAUGUAAAAAGCCGCUUUGGUAUAUUCUAAACAUUGCAUGUAAACAUUUAUGGAAAUUAUUUGAAAUAUUUGCCAUGUCAUUUCAGAGAACUGGAUGAUGACGUGGUGGCAAACUUUGAAGAUGAGGUAAAGAGAGCUUAGAUGUUCAGGUGUCAACUACCUUGCAAUAAGUGCUUACACCAAGAACUUGACUCAGGGGUGUGAAUACUUAUACAAUUGAGACAUUUCCAUUUUUUAUUACGGGAAAGAUAAUAAUGUAUUUUUCUUUUAGUUUGAAAGUGUGGAGUAGGUUGUGUAGAUCUGUUUAAAAAAACAUAUUUUUUAAGUUACUGCAACAUGUCAGAACUUUGCAAGGGAUUAAAUACUUUCACAAGGCACUGUUAUUUCGCUUGUUGACCAUGUAUGAACAUGGAUGGACAACCGAGUCUUGAUAUCUUCACAGGAGGACAUCUCAGAGAGUGACAUUGAUGACUCAUUCAGGGCCAUGUUCGCUCAGUUAUCUGGGGAGGUGAGUUUCAAGUUUGGUUUUGGUGGCAUGGCUCCGAAACGCAUUUGAGUGCAAAGCUAAUGUGUUUUAUGUUUAAGAACAUGGAGACAUUUGAGUGCAAAACCAUUAUCUGCUUUAUGUUUUAGGACAUGGAGAUCUCUGUCCGUGAGCUCAGGACCAUUCUCAAUAGGGUGGUGACCAAACGUAAGUACUGUUCAUUCAAUGCUCUUCAGGUCCAGGGGGUUUAAUGACUCAUCAUCCAGUCAAUGCAAUUUCUGAAAUGUGGUCUGUUAUCCUAUAUUCAUGUAAGAGGGGCAGACACCAUUGAGGUUUUUAAAUCACUUUUAAAACCCCACCUUUUUAGCCGGGCCUUUAAUAAGUGAUUGUUUUACACAUCUUCUGUGAUCUUGUUCUUUUAUUUAUCCUCUUUACUGCUUUCACUUUUUUCAUUUAUUGUUUUAAUGUAAAGUGUGUUGUGAUUUUUAAAUUUGAUUUGAUUCCCAGACAGGGACCUAAAGACUGAUGGGUUCAGCAUGGAGUCCUGUAGAGGUAUGGUCAGCCUAAUAGACGUAUCCUUCCUCAGCUAGUCACUUUAACACUCCCUACCCUUUGUUUCAAUACAUGCUCAACUUUAUUUGGGCAAAGCAUAUAUUACAGCAGUAUUAAUGAAAAGUACUAUGCAGAAUACUAUGCACACACAACAAAACCAAUUGCAUGAUCACAAAAAAUAUAUAAUUACAUUGAUAUGUGACACAGACAAAUGUUUCACUCAAUUUCCAAUCGCUAUCAUGACACCUUGACUCACCUGGCACGCAGAAAGAUGGCAGCGCUCGCCUUGGUAUAGUUGAGUUUCAGAUUCUGUGGAAUAAGAUCAGAAAGUGGCUGGUGAGUUGAAAUAUGCUGAUAAUUAUAUGACAAUAUUUAACUUCUGUAAUAGUAAAAUUGACAAUGGCUUGCAAGAAUGCAAGGCAGACACCCAUAGCUCAAAUCUCUUAUUUUCCCAGGGAAUCUUCCGCCAGUUUGAUCUGGACAAGUCUGGAUGUAUGAGUUCCUAUGAGAUGCGUCUGGCCUUGGAGUCUGCUGGUGAUUACUCUAUCUUCGCACUACUGGAUUGGUAGUGUUCAGUAGACACUAAAUAUUUUUAAAUAGAGUAAAACAGAGAUGUACUAGCUACCUGAACUUGACAAUAAUGUGUAGGUUUUGCUACAGUGUACCUACUGAACACAAUCCAGGGGCUUCAAUGAAACAGCUAAUGACUAUAACUUAUGUACUAUAACUCUACAUGACUUAUGCACUAUAACACAUUAUGAAUUGCAGAGUUGAUGUUGUCAAUGACAUUAUAGUUAAUUCAGGACUGUUGAUAUCACAGGAGGUUGGUGGCACCUGAAUUGGGAAGGACAGGCUUGUAGUAAUGACUGGAGCUGAAUAAGUUGAUGCCAUUCCAUUCACUCUGUUCCAGCCAUUAUUAUGAGCUGUCCUCCCCUCAGCAGCCUCCACUGAUUGAUAUCAAUGGAUAACACUGCUUUCAUCUUUACAGUUAGACUACAGUAGCCUGGUCCCAGAUCUGUUUGUGCUAUCAUGUCAACUCCUUGUCACUUAUUGCCAUUGUAUUACUAUUAGUUGACAUGAUAGCACAACCAGAUCUGGGACCAGGCUUAGACUACAGUAUGUGAUGUCGAAAAAACACUCUCUGGUUUUCGUGUGUUACAUGCUUUAUGAUCUUCACAGGAUUUAAACUGAACAACAGGCUGAACCAGGUGCUUGUGGCCAGAUAUUCUGAAAACGAGGUCAUCGACUUUGACAACUUUGUCUGCUGUCUGGUCAAGCUAGAAGCCAUGUUCAGUAUGUAUUUUUUGCCUUUGACUACACAACCUGGUCCAGAAACAACAUUUAGCCUUCAAGAAAUUGGAUAUAUGUAAGCUCCCCUAUGCCUGAUUGGAAUGGUUAGUGGAGCCAUUAUCACCAUUUUGCAUACAUAUCUGAUCCUUUUAAAUCUGCAAAGGGGGGUGAAGGCUAGGCCAGGGAUUGUUUCUGGACUGAUUUUGUGAAUGAAUUCACAUGAUCAUUGCAUAACUAGGACCAGGAGAAAUUCUUGACUUCUGUCUGUACUGGUAAUUCUGUCCUCCAGCACCAAGACAUUGAUGUAGUGCUCUCUGAAGCUUACAAUCAUUCAUCAAGUCUUCAUACCAUAAUAAUUUCCAUUAAUAUUCUACUUAUCACACAUUAAAAGGAUACUUUGGGAUUUUGGCAAUGAGCAUGCUAGCAGAUACCCAUAGACUUAGUCUUUGUGCUAACGCUAGGUUAGUAUUGGCUCGCGAAACUACCUUCCUUCAUACUGGACACAGAGACAUAAAAAUGGUAUCCACAAGUUCAUCCAACUCUGGGGAAGUAGAUAAAUGGCCUCAUUGCCAAAAUAUCCCUUUAAGCUUCAAUGCAUGUGAAUUGUCCAUGCACUCUUCUUUAACUGGGUAAUUUAUAUAACUUCUGCUACGCAACAUAACAAAAAUUGGUUCAACAAUGGUUAUGUUUCUUUUGUAAACAGCAAGCAGGGAAAUACUUUCAGAGAUGUUUCAUCUAACAGUCUUUUUCAGUGUCCAAACUCCAGACUUCUGCUUUAAAGUUGUUAAUAAUUAGACCCUAAUGUGAGAUUUAACUGGUGAGUCUGUGGGGGAUGUGCCUGCAGUGGUGCCUUGCAUUGAAUUACAGGUUAAAGAUGUCAUUGGUCAGAUGGUCAAGAAAUGUUCAUGGCCUUAAUUAUAGUGUUAAAGCACAAAUAAAUAAUAUAUAUUUCCCCUUAUUUUCACAGAGGCCUUCCAGGAGUUCGAUAGAGAAGGCACUGGAACUGCUAAAAUGAAUAUCACAGAGGUGAGACCAUUUGAAUCUCCAUGAUAUGUGUCUUUUAAUCACUGAUUCACUAUGGAAAACGUAACCUCAUCCACUCUGUCUUUGUCUCUCAGUGGCUGUAUAUGACCAUGUGUGGUUGAAGUGUAUGGUGAUCUUGUAUGCUGUAGAAGAGGACACAUACACACCCAUAGUAGAGGACACCCAUAGCCUCAGUGCCUCCAUAGCAUCUCAAACAACCCCAAAGAAACUACUACUCCCUAGUUUUUAUCACCACUUCAAAUACCUCGCUGCCUCUGCUCAAUAACUUGGGAAUUGCAUUUAAGCUGGUCAAUUACACGUGAUAUGAGAUGCUCUACUAAGGGAGUCGCUGCAUGUAAAGCACUGCACGCAUUAUACAAUGGCAAAGCUUUCAGGGCAUACCGUCGUACAAAGAAUGCCUGCAUUUUUUAUGUUCCAUUCCAUUAGGUUUUCCUCUUUUGUUUAACCAUUGAAUUCAGAUGCUAGUCUGUGAUAAGAGAUGAUGACAUUGUACUCUGUGACAUUCUUAUGUAUUUUUUGCUACCUUUCGUAGGAUCUCUGAUUUUAUGUAGAGCUAUAGGCUGCUAAUGAACUGCAAAUUGUACCGAUGCCUUAGUCUUUAGGAUACCUCAGUACAGUAACCUACAUCAGUUAAAGACAGAAAUAUAAAAAAGUUCAUAACACAUCUUUUUCUCAAGAUGCCAAUUUUAGUUGAAAAAUUGGUGAGGGUUCUUUCAACUCUUUUGAACACUAAAUGUAAGAAAGGGACUCCUCAAAAUGUGACAAGGUAAAAAGUAACUUUGAGGUGUGAGGUGCUCUGAAGCAGGAUAUGUUUGUGUUCUGUGAUUGGUGUAGGUUAUAUCCAAUGCAGAACUGCACAUUUAAUUAUGCAAAUAAUGUCACUGAAUAAAAACUGACUGAACUUUU